AUGUCAGAAGAUAACUCGGAAAAUUCGGUUGGAUCACCUGAAGGUUCCAAAGAGAUGAAUUCUACAGAAAAUCAUAAAUCUGCUGAAUGGGAAUCUCAACCUGAUUCCCAACCGAGAUCCAAUGAAAGUCAGCCCAGCAAUUCUGAUCCCGAUAAAAGCGAUUCCUCUGACACACCAAGUGUUUAUGAUAAUAAGGAAAAGGGUAACGAGUUAUUUUCCAAAGGUGACAUUGAUGGCGCCAUUGAGAAGUGGUCUAAGUCCAUAAACUCACUUUCUUACAUUUUAAACAAGUCCAAAGCUGAGAAUAAUUCUGUUACUGAGGACUCCCUGACCGAGUACACAAAAAUGUACGUCACCCUAUGUUCUAACCUAUCGUUGGCAUUUUUGAAAAAAGAAGACUUUACCAAGUGCAAGGAGUACUGUCAGUAUGUUUUAAUGUACGAUGAGAAGAAUCUAAAGGCUCACUUGAGGAUUGUCCAGGCUGAUAUAAAACUAAAAAACCUUGAUAAUGCCUUAUCAAAUUGUGAGAAGGGUUUAAAACUAAACCCUGAAGAUAACGAGUUAAAGGGGUUGAAAACCGUCAUUAACGAUCUUUUGAAGAAACAGAAGAAGGUUGACGCUGUUUUCGCCAGGAAAGUUUUUAAGAAAAUCGAGCCUGACCCUCGGACUGCGCCUGACCCAUUUGAGGAGCUCAAGAAGACCAAGUUUUACCGUAUCAACUAUGCUAUCUAUAUGAUGUACUUAAGGCUGUUCCUUAUUAUUAAAUUCGGCUGGGACUACUUCAAGAGAGGUGUCUUGUUUUCUUUCGACUACUAUUCCAAGGUCAGCUCUCGUCUCAGACGGUUCUUCAGCAAAUCCAAGCAAGAUUAG